GUGAGUGAGUGCGUGAGUGAGUGAGUGAGUGAGAGUGGGAGGACCUGGAGCAGCAGCUCUACUCUGGCACUGAGGAGACUGAUGAACAUUAACAGGACUGAGGACAGCGCUUGCACAUCUCUUCAACAGUAGUUUUAUUUUUCAGAUUGUUCAUGUGUGAUGGCUAUCAUGCCACCUGUUGAUGUGGGAGUUUGGAUUCUUAUCCUGGUGACAGCAUCUUUGGCAAACGCAGGUUCCUCAUGGAGCGCAGCUGUGAGCCAGGGGGAGGAGGUGGAGGGGACGCCCCAUGAAGUGGAGCCCUGCUCUACCUGUGGCCUCCAGGGGCCCCCCAGACGCUUCAAGAGAUGCACAUGUUACACUUACAAAGACAAGGAGUGUGUGUAUUACUGCCACCUGGACAUCAUCUGGAUCCACUCACCAGAGCACACUGUCCCAUACGGUCUGUCCAGCUACCAGGCGCCCCAACGUGAGCGGCGCUCUGCUGGGACUGAGCGGGGGGGCAGGGCCCAGCGCUGUGUCUGCACACAGCAAACUGACUCCGACUGCAGCCGCUUCUGCGUGAACAGGCGGAGGCCCCCCAGAGCAGAGUCUGGAGCUGACAGGAGGAACGCUGCGCUGCACAGGAGGCCUGUGAUCACAUGACGUCUCAGUGACAUCAUCACCACCUGUCCUGCAGGCAGCCCUGACCUGCUGCUUUCUAUCCGGCUGAGAGGAAGAAUGGUGAAGGAGAUGCACAAACUGAAAGUGAGGACAGCAGCUCUGCACAUUUCUCCUCAGGGUUCUUCUAACAUCCUGUCACAACGUAGGAUGGUCAAACAUGAAAGACUUUGGUGAAGCUCACAUGUUCAGGAUUUGUGAAGUGGAGGCCACAUCAUGUUCAAAUAUCAGAGGGAAUGUGAUCUCACAGCCGUGUCCCUCCACAGGGACUUCUUCGGCCACAGCCAGUCACUCAGCUUUAUGUUUCAAAAUUCAAAAAUGGUCACAGUCACGGAAACAACCCGUACAUUUUAUAUUAGCUUGUUACCUUUUGAGGGGAGUUAUUUCAGCAGUAAUUGUGGAAAGCAUUUGCAUGAACUACUUUACUUUGCUAUGAUUUUUUGGAGGAAAUGGAACUUGUGUUAAGCUGUAUCCAAGGAUUGUGAAAUAAAAAUGAAAUGUGUUUUAAGAUAUAUAGGCAAUACAUAAUUAUAUUAUGUAGUUUGAAUGUGUAUAAAAAACGUUGUAUAUAGAAUUAUAUUGUAGAUGUGAUCACAGAAAUGAUGUUAAGAAUGAGAACUAUAACUUUGUGGUAAGAUGGCAGUAGAUCAAUAUCAUCAUGUAUGUGUAAUGUUCAUAAAUUGUAUCUGUUGGGGAAAUAUUUCCCAAGGCCCAUAACUUUGACCCAGUUGAUCA